AUUACGGUUCAAGGCCCGCAGAAACGUGUUUUGCUUUGUUUAUUCAUUCAUUUGUUAUGUUGUGGCAACAGAGAAAACAAAAAGGUUGCAGACCACGGCACGCAGAGCAUGACGCGGGGAAAAAACUCAAAGUCCCAGCAUGCAGCGGGGCAGGCGCAGAUCCAUACGGCUGACUCGGUGCCCUGGAUCCGUGCAUCACCGCUGCCUCACGUCGCUGUCUCUCGGAUCCGCUGGAGGAGAAAUGGCUGCAGCUCUGUCCCGUGCCCUCAAAUUACCCGGGAAGAAGGGCUCGGAGCUCGGCGAGUACGACCCGCUCACCCAAGCGGACAGCGAGGACGAGAGCGAAGAGGACGACCUCGUGCUCAACUACCCCCGGAACGGCCUCGGCGCCGGCUCCUCGAAGCUGCGAGGCAGCCGCUCCGCGAGACUCGCGGGGGACGAGGACGAGGCGCAGGACGACGAGGACGACGAGGACGAGUGGAGGGAACGUCUCCCCGCUAAGUCCCGGGCAGACGGGGAGGACGUGACGGGCGCUCAGUACCGCAACCACAGGGACCCGGAACGGGGCGGCGAGGACCGAGCGGGGCCCGGCGCCCCGGGGGGCUCCGGGGCCGGGGCCCACGGCGCCGACGCGGAGCAGAAGAGGCGGAGGGCGAGGAACGCCGUGCGCAGUGCCUUCUUCCUGGUGCCGCUGGUGUGCGUGGCGCUGCUGGUGCUGCUGUGCGCGUUUCUCCUGCCCUGCCAGAAGAGGGAGCUGGAGAAGAGGCCGGCGUGGGAGCGAGCGCUGGGGGAGGCCGGAGGCGUCACACCGCCCGCGCUGUCGCUGUGGGACGUCGACGGCGACUCGGUGGAGGACGUGUUCCUGGGGGUCACCGACUGGACCAACGACACCCGCCCCACGCUCGGGAACAAAGUCUACAGCGCCGUGGCCCUGUCCGGGGUCAGCGGGCGGGUGCUGUGGAGGAAAGUCAUGCGCGAGUCGGUGAUGUACAUCCAGUGUGGUCUGCAGUACAGCAGCCAGCCGACCCCCGUGGUCCUCCUCGUUGGGAAGUCCGUCCUCAUGGCGGUCAACGGCACCACAGGGAAGACCUUGUGGUUGGUCCAGCUGAAGAACAUUGAAUCCCAGGCCGUGUUACUUCCAGACCUUCAGGGCGACUCGGUGCCAGAUCUGCUGAUAGCCACCCUGCCCGCGGACGAGGCGUUGGACCUCUCCCUGACGCUGCUCUCGGGGCAGACGGGGGCGAAGCUCGGACACCCCGUGCCCUUUAACCUCACCGGCCAAGGAAAGCUGAUUGGCCCUCUGCUGCAUGAGACACAACAAGGGGCUUACUACAUCCUCUUUGGACUGGGUAAUGUAGAGGCAAUCUCCUUACGGGACGUCUACAUUCGAGCCACUGGAAAGAUGCCCAUAACUCAAGCCCUGAGAGGGAAAGACACCGGGUGGGAGGGACUCAAAACCAAUUCCUCCUCCUUCAUACACAUUUACAGGGGAUCCGAGGGCGUGGAGUUCCUGCUCCCUCUCCUGCCCGGCCUCGGAGACAACCACAACAGCCUGGACCCGGCGUGGAACCUGAACUCCUCUACGAGCGACUGGGUGCUGGUGUACGGCUCCAGCAAGCUGUCGCUGCUCCGCCAGAAGGACGCACGCAAAGAAUGGACCUUCAACUCGGGCCCCAUUCACAGCCAACCGGCCCCGGGACACUUCAACGAUGACGGAAUCCUCGACCUGUUCAUUCAGCAUUCGGCCAACGGCGUCAUGAAGGCGCUGGUUGUCGAUGGAGCGAACGGCCAUCUUCUGUGGUCGGCGCAAUUCGUGUGUCCCCGCCUUGUUCUGGAAACGUCCGCCAUCGCCACCUCCACCGGCCAAUCGGCUUUCCUCUUCUGGGCCGGCGACCCAAUCGAAGCACCAAAGAACAUCACCAAGCCAACGGUGUCCCCGGGUGUCGCCGCGGCGGAGCCGCUCAUCCGAAAACUCUUCCUGUUGCACCCGGCGCACGCGACCGUCCUGCUGCAGCUGACCAGCACCACGGACACGGCGGUCACCUCCGCAGUGAGCUAUCAGGAGCGGAUGAAGGACGCCUCCUACAUCACGGUGUCCUCGCGACCCACGGCCGACUCGGAGCCCGGCGCCCGGGUCGUCAAGAGUACGAGCCUCCGAGCCGCCGUCACCAAAGGGCAAAUAGUGCGACUGGGGGAGAGCGGCAGGUCGGGGGGGGGCGUCCAACCCGGCGCGUUUGAGGUGAACAAGUUCUUCAGGGGCUUGUCCUUUAAGCGCCCGGUGAGAGAGACUCACUCAAGCACGACGCCGGUUUGAGAACCGCGGAUCCAUCGUCAGGUCCGUUCGGUCGGUCGGACCCCCACAAGGUUUAAGGAGGGAGGGGCGCACUGCCCCCGACACUGUGGAGACGCGCUGAGUUCAUCCAGAACUGUACAUUCAUCUCGUUUGCGGAUUUGAUUUGUGUUACUUGAAACUUCUGCUCUGUACAAAGAUUCUUCUUAAGUAGGUUGUGUUUUUAUUGCUUCUUUAAAUUAUUUAACCUGCAGUGUUUUGCCUGCCAUUCAAUUAGGGGGCAACACCCCCCCCCCCCAAUAAAGUCUCUUUUUAAUGUUUACAAUCAUCCACUGAUGUCUGCGCACAGGAAAGUCUUUAACAUUUGUUUGAUUGAGUGUCGAUACCAAGAUGAACUUUGUACUUUAGAUCAUUACAGACAGGGAAGCACAACAAUCCUGUAAAUGUGUUUAAAGUCUGCAGCAUUAAUAACUCUUCCAAAGCCAGUAGGUUCAUUUGGCUUCUUUUUUGUUGUCAUAAAAUGGUGUUCUUUCUGCUCUGUAAAUAUUUGAUGCUGUACAGUGUUAAUUUAUUGCUUCAACGUUGAAUUUGUUGAUUUAUGUUGUGAAAUAUCUUAUGGUUAUAUAAUCCAGUUUUUUUUCUCAGAACAUGUGACUGCUAAAGGGUACGGCAUUUAAAUGUAAGCUGCAACUUCACAUAUCGCCAGUGAAAGUAUGAGAAUCAUUUCUUACUGUAA